GGAGGAGGAUCGCGGGGUCCCGAGCAGCCACGCGAUGGGGAGGCAGCACAGCCGCCCGCCGAGAAGGUUAGGGUCGCGGCAUAGGGACUGGGCCGCAGUCCCCUCCGACAGCCCGGGUCUCCACGCCUCUGCAGUCCGAGCGGAAGGGGCGGGCCCACGGCGAGCAAGGCGAGCCAGACGCACCAAGGUCCAAGGUCCGCGGCCCCGGGGGAGGAGAAGCGCCUGUCUUCUGCGCAGACGCCCCGCCCGGAGUGGGGGGCGGGGCUUAGGCGACCCGGGGGUGGGGCCAGAUCCCGGGCCCGCCUCCACCAGCCUGUGAGCCCUGGAGUGCGUGGCCCCCCCGGCUUAUUCUGGGGGCUUCAGGCGCCGCCCAAGAGACCCUGGGCCUGCGCUAGGCGCCGCUGCCUCUUCGCCUUUGCCUGUCCGUCUUUGUGUCUGUGUCUGUCUGGCCGUUCCCAAGCUUGUCUCCACUCCAGAACUAAGCCUCCCGGACGCCGACAGCCCAAGGCUCCCCUCCCCUUUCCCAUGGCAGGCUACUUACCCCCCAAAGGCUACGCCCCUUCGCCCCCACCUCCCUACCCCGUGACAGCUGGGUAUCCAGAGCCUGCCCUGCAUCCUGGACCCGGACAGGCCCCAGUGCCUGCCCAGGUGCCGGCCCCUGCGCCCGGCUUCGCUGUCUUCCCCUCGCCAGGCCCCGUGGCCCCAGGGUCUCCUGCUCCAUUCUUGCCGCUGCCUGGGGUGCCUCCUGGCCUCGAAUUCUUAGUGCAGAUUGAUCAGAUCUUCAUUCAUCAGAAGGCUGAACGAGUGGAAACGUUCCUAGGCUGGGAGACCUGUAAUAGGUAUGAACUUCGCGCUGGGACCGGACAGCAACUGGGUCAGGCAGCUGAAGAAAGCAACUGUUGUGCCCGUCUGUGCUGUGGUGCCCGCCGGCCGCUUCGUGUCCGCCUGGCGGACCCCGGGGACCGCGAGGUGCUCCGCCUCCUCCGCCCACUUCACUGUGGCUGCAGCUGCUGCCCCUGUGGCCUUCAGGAGAUGGAAGUGCAGUCUCCACCUGGUACCACCAUUGGCCAUGUGCUGCAGACCUGGCACCCUUUCCUUCCUAAGUUUUCCAUCCUGGAUGCUGAUCGCCAGACUGUCCUUCGAGUUGUGGGGCCUUGCUGGACCUGUGGCUGUGGUACAGACACCAACUUUGAGGUGAAAACUAAGGAUGAAUCUCGAAGCGUGGGUCGCAUCAGCAAGCAGUGGGGAGGAUUACUCCGAGAAGCCCUCACGGACGCUGACGACUUUGGCCUCCAGUUCCCAAUAGAUCUGGAUGUAAGAGCGAAGGCUGUGCUGCUGGGAGCCACGUUCCUCAUUGACUACAUGUUCUUCGAGAAGCGAGGCGGCGCUGGGCCCUCUGCCAUCACCAGUUAGAAGCCACCUCAGUGUGAGGAGACCAUCGCCUCAUCCAGAAUUCAAGAUGGUCACCUGCCCUGGCCUUCCCCUCCUGAGGCAACCCCUUCCUUGGUACACACUGCAGUGGACAGACAGGUGGCUGAGUGGUGGAGAGCCACUGUGUCCCAUCCCUCCCCUCCUCUCCUCCCCCCUUCACCCAUGGCCAUGGCCCACAGAGGAGUAUGUACGAGACCUUUCCUCACAGUGUUUUACCAUCUCCCGGCAGUCCCUACCCACACAACGGUAGAGUUUGGACUUCCCUACCCACUCCCUCCUCCAGGGCCUCUGCACAGGAGGAGGCCUAUGGGAUCCAGGACUCUCACAAGAGGGCUGGUGGGUAAACAGCCAGCAGCACCAAAGACGGCAGACAGGCCACUCUUUCGCCGGUUUAGCCAAUUAGUUUAGCUUCAGACUGUGGCACCUUGAGGGGAUCCCCGCCUCCUCAUUAGCAGCUGUAGAGGUUGGGACCCAGUGCCAACUCCCUAACCCCCUGGGCCCACUGGUGCCUUCUGCAGCUUCUGUGCCUUAUUUAACCGUUCACCCCUUCCUCCCCGAUGCAGGGGAGUGUCUUUGUAUGUUGUACUCAUAUAAACUUUGCAACUUUUUACACAUUGGAAGAUGUAUGUGAUGGACGAAGAACGAACUGAUGUGGGAUAACGCAAAGGAAUGGCAGCCUCCGGGCUAGAGUUGCCGUCUCAUAAUCUAUACUGUUUGGAUUAAAGAAAAAAGAAAACA